AUGUGGAAUGUUAAAGGUGCUGCGCUUUCCACCUCUGCAGCUGAUCUCAAGUCUCACCUAGAUCGUUUCGCUGAUGACUAUGUAGUUAUUACUGAACUCAACAUCAGUGAAAGCGAUUCCGUUUCCUCACUUUACCCAAACAAAAUCGUUCUCUGCUCCAGCGGUAUGGGUACAGGUGUAGCAAUCGUCAAACUCAAAGGCGGCGACCUAGAUUACAAAGAGAUCGUAUUCUCUUUGUUACAAUCAACUACUCACUACUCAUUCAAUGUUCUUGGAAUCUAUGCUCCUGUAGACCGUAAGCGGAGAAAUGGAUUCUCUAGACAACUCUCUUGUCGCCGCCCACCCAUAAAGGAUACAAUAAACAAGAUUCUACUGUAUACCUAUGCAGUAACGAUCAAAUACAUGCUAUAUCUAUUCAUUUUCCUCAAAGACUAA